UAAUUUGCUCAGUCACAACAUCUACUUUGACCAUCUCUCUCUUCGCCCCUUCUUGACAACGUCAAAACACAUUAACCUCAGCGACCCUUCUAUUGCAUUAUUAUCUUCUCUGCACACAAUAUAAAUAUGUAUAGAACUUAUCAUUGCCGAAGAAAUUUAUCAAAUUCGCAGAGUCUUCUGUACAAUGGAGAAACAAGGUAAACCGAAGAACAAGAUCUUGAAAUUUCUACCGAGAGCAGCUUCUGCAAUAGCAGUCUCCUUUCAAAACCCUCCAUUCAGCCCUGGUAGGGACAAGAGAUCGGAGAUCAAUACGACCAAGCUUAAAGCUCAUGCCGGCAGAGGAUUUUCGGGUCCGAUCGUAUCGAUAAUUCCGGUUGAAGCUCGAAGAAAGUCCAGGAAUGGGGGGAUGUACGAGACACAAGAACCCACUUCACCUAAAGUGUCAUGCAUAGGCCAGAUCAAGCACAAGAAAAAGAUCAAGAAAGCUGCUAAGCGUGCCGCGCCGCCGCCUCAAGAUCAGGUGAAGGCUGUGUCGAGUACUUCUUCUGCUCAUCGCCUUGACAUGAAGAAGCAUACCUCGGCUAUUAGGAGGAUGUUUAGUGGUAAAACAAAACCAGGGAGGAACUCCGAUGUUGUUUCUCCUGCUGCCGAGGAGCCAGCUGAGAUUCCUGCAGAUAGAGCGCCUUCAUUGAGUCAAAUGAAGCGGUUCGCGAGUAGACGCAAUUCGUUGCCUGAAUUUGACUGGACGGCUGAUCAGAUUACACCAAUAGACAGGGAUCACCGGAACUAUUACUCGGAUGAAGAGAGAGAUCGAGAAGAGAGUGAUCAAGAAGAGGAGGAGGUCAUGAUUCCUUUCUCUGCACCUAUAUUAAUGGUAGAUGGAGGAGGAGUGCCUUUGCAGCCAAGAAAAGAAAUUAAUCUGUGGAAGAGAAGAACAAUGGCUCCACCCAGACCUCUUGAUUUAAACACGGUCGACUGGACAAAUUGAUAUGAUUUUCUCGGUUUUCUUUUUCUUUUGUUCGAUCGUUCUUUUGUUUUUCUUAAGCUUAAUUUACAUCGAUAUAUUUAUGGUGCAAAUAUGUGAUGGAAUUUGUAGAAAACUGUCAUUAAUUUCGUGGUGCAAAUAUGUGGGGAAAUUUGAAGGAAUCUGUAAUUAUUGGCAAGCGGGGCAUGCAUCUACAAUUCAUGCAUAUAUAGUUGAAUAUUGUAAAACAUACAUAAAUGAUAUAUAUAUAUAUAUUGUUUAA